AAAUCUCAGAAAAGGACGUUCUCGAAGAGAUCCCGCACUGGGUGUCGGACCUGUCGAGCUCGCCAUGUCAAAUGCGACGAAUCUCCUGGUGCAUGCAGCAACUGCACAAGCACCGGUCGCACUUGCGCGUAUGACAUGCAACGGCUUCCCCCAGGAGGUGGGCGUAAGAGAAAUACAACCAAAAUCGUCAUCUUGUCAGCUCCCAACGGCGCAUCUGCCACCAUCCGCGCCGCCAUCGCAGCCAAAUUCCAGUGGAAUGUGACCUCGGAUGAGAGCCGCUGUCUCUCCUUCUUCCAGCACCGGUCUGUCCCGCAACUCGUGGGCUACUUCGACUCGCCUCUGUGGCGGGAACUGAUUCUGCGAUUGUCCUGCACCGAGCCUGCAGUGUACCAUGCGGUCGUUGCACUCGGGGCAGUGAACCAGGCCAAUGAGAUGGCAGGUCGUACUCCAAGACCCGGACAGCAGCACCUUCUGCGGAAUGCCUGGUACGGCUUCGCGCUGGAACAGUCCUCCCGUUCAUUUGCCCUCAUCCAUAAGAGACGCACGUCACACGACCCGCAGCUCCAAGAAGUCAUUCUGGUUUGCUGUUUGCUUUUUAUUAUUUGCGAGUUACUGCGUGGAAACGUCACCGAGGCCACCUGCCACCUGCAAGGAGGUCUGCGUAUCCUGCAUUCGAUGAAUAUCGAGCGAGGCUCAUCGGGGUUGGAACUCAGCUGCGGGGGAGUGGACGAGUGUGUCGUGGAGUCCUUCAUGAACUUUCAAGAAGGGUCGAUCUACCAUGGUCUGAAGGAGCCCCUGCGUUUCGACAGCGAGUUCGUCUACGAUCGACCCUACGAGGCCUACCUCCAGCCCUUCCAGAGCCUCUCCUACGCGCGUAGGGCCUUCCGGCCCCUCCAGCACACCGGCUUCGAGCUGAUCGCGACGUGCAUGUCGGCGUCCGAAGCCGACAUCGCGAGCAAUUACGCCACGAUCCACUUGCAGCAGCACCGACUGAUCGCCCUGCUGACACGGUACCUGCAGGCGCUGGACUACUUCUGCCUCCGCACCUUCGGAACCACCUCCUUCACCUGCCCCGUCAUGGCCGCGAGCCGGGACGCCGCGCGCCGCAAGGACUUCCGCGAGGUCGAGCUGACGCGGCUCACCUGCCUCGCGCUGCUCUUGGGGCUGAAGACCGCGACGUACAGCAAGCAGCAGCCGCCGAUGCCCGACCGGCACCUCUGCGAGCGGCGGAGCCUGCUGGCCGCGGCGCAGACCGUCAUGCGCAAGUUCGACGGUCCGGACCGCCGCCCCGCCUUCGCGCCCAGCAGCACCGUCGUCGCCGCCGUGUACAUCGCCGCCCACGUCUGCCCGGACCACGCCUUCUACUGCCUCGCCAGCGACCUGCUGCACUCUUGGAGCGCCGAGGAGGGCUUCAUGAGCUCCACCAGGAACGCCAAGAUUCUGGAUGAGUCGCUCAAGCUGUACCUG